UCGAAGCGUGUUUUUCUCGCCCCUGCGAAGGUGUUUUCCCAUCGUGCAUCGUGACUAAGAUUCUGAAUCUAGGUUAGGUACAGUAGGAAAAACAUAGUUUUUUUUUCACUAUAAAGUGCGCGACCGUGAGAAUCAUCGAAUGUAGUUGAAUUUUCGUGGAAUCGAGCCAACAAAUUGUUUUGCCCGGAUCGAGAUUCUGGCCAACAUGCUAGCUUGACAGAUUUGCACCUUACUUUCUCCAUCCAAGGAUGCAAUUGGAUUUAAAUUUGUUAACCGUUAUGGAAGCAGCUGGCAGUCGGCGAGCGCAGAGUUUGCAUCUACUUGUUCUGCUUUGCAUUUCUUACAACCUAACGGUGCAAGGCUUGACCCAUCACCGUUCGCAUCAAACGGACAAAGAUUCAAAUGAAGCUUGGCCAAACGACGAAACGGAUUCAAAUGCCGUUGACAGUGACCGCAAUUGUAUUGUGCCUAAAGUGGAACACACGCAAUCGGGCUUCGGAGACGUCAUUCUAAGCUACCAUCUGCAUCCGGAGCAGGUGACGGUUCGAAUUGAACUGCGACCGAGUCUAGUGGGUAAAAGCUUCAUAGAGCGACAAGGCCACCAACCAAAUGAGUCCAUCGUUGAGAAUUUCGUCGAGAAUUGUUACUACCAGGGCCGGAUCAAGGGCGUUCUAGACAGCAUGGCAGCCAUAUCGACCUGCGAGGGUAAGGUUCGCGGGACGGUUUAUGACGCGCACCAUACCUAUUCGAUAGAUUUUGAUGAAUCGACCGGAGAGCAUUAUAUACAAAGACUGAAACAGCGACACCGAGUGAAACGUAACCACAGAGCGCGGAUAAUCGGUCCUUACAAUGCAAAUCGUCAUUCGAAGUUUGUCGAACUUGUACUGGUGGUGGACAAUUCUUUGUAUAAUAAAUUUGAUUCCGAUGUUUGGAAGGUACAUCGGUACUGUACGGACGUGGCAAAUCAUGUUAAUAUGCUUUUUACUCCGUUAAACAUUUUUGUCGUCUUAACCGGAGUAGUUGUAUGGGAUCGUAUCGAUCAUAUUCAGGUUGACCGACGAGCAGAGGUGACACUGAAUAAUUUUCUACAAUAUCGGCGAAAAGAACUACUUCAUCAGCAUCCAAACGAUCAUGCUCAAUUACUGACAGCGGUAAAGUUCCAGGACAAUGUCAUUGGUAAGGCUAGACUAGGCGGAAUGUGCACUAGUAAUAGCUCCGGUGCAGUUAUAGUGGUACACACGGAUAACAUAGCCAUACAAGCAGGGACAGUCGCUCACGAGAUGGGUCAUAGUUUUAAUAUGGAGCACGAUGUGGAUGAAGAAUGCUACUGCUCAGAUCAAAAGUGCAUCAUGACUGCAAUGAGUCCGGAACGGUCACUGAAACAUUGGAGCUCGUGUAGUUUAGAACAGUUGACGCUAGCGUUCAACAGGGGAUUGCAUCUGUGUUUGAAAAACCGACCAAAAGUGGUACACUCGGCGAGCUGUGGAAACGGAUUCGUGGAAGAAGGAGAAGAAUGUGACUGUGGGUUGGAGGAGAUUUGUGAUAACCAAUGCUGUGAUCCAAAGAGUUGUAAACUAAGGCCAGGUGCCGUAUGUGCUAUGGGUGAAUGUUGUGAUUUAGAGGUAUGCCAGUGGUAUGAGGCAGGGACACUAUGCAGGACGGCUCGCGGAGAAUGCGAUUUGCCGGAGUUUUGUACCGGCAACUCUGAGCAUUGCCCGAAAGAUGUCUUUAAACGACACGCAGAGGUAUGUGCCGGAGGUAGGGCUUACUGUAUUGAGGGAGAGUGUAAAACUAGAAACGAUCAGUGUCGAAUGCUGUGGGGUCCUUCAGGGAAAGAAUCGGAUGAGAUCUGCUACGUGAGGAAUAUAAAUGGAACGAAAUACGCAAACUGCGGGUACGACCGUGAUAGCCAUAGUUUUAUAAGGUGUGCUGAGCAGGAUAUUUUGUGUGGACUACUUUUCUGCCAGCAGCUGAACAAGAAUAAUCUUGAAUUUGGAAUUGAAGUAUUUACGGAAGAACGAAUUGCCAGUACAGUCAAGGGAAGGCAAGUGAUUAACUGUCAUGCUGCGUUCAUAGACCUUGGAGAUGCCAAACAACCAAUGCUGGUGCCGGAUGGAGCACCAUGUGGUGAAGAUAAGAUGUGUUAUCAACAGCAAUGCUGGGAUUUUGAAAGUCUUAGACAACGUGGAGUUGGUCGGUUGUGUCCUAAAGAUUGCAGCGGCCACGGAGUUUGCAACAGCGAAGGAAACUGUCAUUGUGAUUUAGGCUACGCGCCACCUUUCUGUGAUCAGUCUGGAGUCGGAGGAUCUUUAGAUAGUGGACCAGCUUCCAAAAAAACAUACAAAGCCCUCUUAAUCACCCUUGUAUUUGUCGGCAUAGUUGUAACGACACUAUUCAUUGCUUAUGUUAUGGUACGCUUUUGUCAACCAGAAUGGUGCAAACAUUCUAUCAGUAUUACCAAUUUUAAAUCUCCCGCCCGUGGCCGUCAUAAGCUAAUUCAUACGUUGUCCUCUAACUCCGCAGUCAUCCGAGAGAUUUCGGCACCGAAGUUAUAUUCAUCUACUCGGGAUACAAGCGGACCGCAAUUUACACCAAUUACAAGACUGAAAAACGACAUGCAUUACUCUGCCCUCAUCAAAACCUCGUCGCUUGCCACGGAAACCUAG